GUACAACGGCGCAUUGCUUCGCUGUAACUGUUCUUUUAUGCCUUCACCAUUAAAAUCUCUGUGAAUCGCUCUUUUUCCUUUCUUCCCUCUCUUCUCUCCUAUUACACAGAUAGAUACGUAUAUACAUAUACAUACAUACAUACACAUACAUAAAUAUAUAUAUAUAUAGACAGCCACACGCGCAAGCCUUCUGCUCUAAGUUUCCUAUAGAAUUUCAACCUUUGUUGAUUUUCUUUUCUUUAUAAAUCUGACUCGGAGAGAGAAGAGAUCUAGUUAUAUUUCUGUGCGCCGAUCCAAUCAAAAGGGAAAAUAGGAGGGAUUUGAUUAACAAGAACAUGUCGUACGCUUAUCUCUUCAAAUACAUCAUCAUCGGCGAUACUGGAGUUGGAAAAUCAUGCCUUCUUCUUCAGUUUACUGAUAAGCGAUUCCAGCCAGUUCACGACUUAACCAUCGGUGUUGAGUUCGGUGCCAGGAUGAUCACAAUUGACAAUAAGCCUAUCAAGCUCCAAAUUUGGGACACGGCUGGUCAAGAAUCUUUUAGAUCUAUUACUAGGUCCUACUAUAGAGGAGCAGCUGGGGCAUUGCUUGUUUAUGAUAUCACCAGGAGGGAAACUUUUAAUCACUUGGCUAGCUGGUUGGAAGAUGCAAGACAACAUGCAAAUGCAAACAUGACAAUAAUGCUAAUUGGCAAUAAGUGUGAUCUCGCUCAUAGAAGGGCUGUGAGCACAGAGGAGGGGGAGCAGUUUGCCAAGGAGCAUGGGUUAAUUUUCAUGGAAGCAUCUGCUAAAACUGCUCAGAAUGUCGAGGAGGCAUUUAUUAAGACUGCUGGAACCAUAUACAAGAAGAUCCAGGAUGGAGUUUUUGAUGUAUCAAAUGAGUCCUAUGGAAUAAAAGUUGGGUAUGGUGGAAUCCCUGGACCAUCGGGAGGCAGAGAUGGAGCCUCUUCCCAAGCUGGAGGCUGUUGCAGUUAAAGUUUACGAAGCGGAAAUCUCAUAGAUUACGUUAAAAGACAGUCUGUUUACCUGUGUCAUUUUCAUUCUUUAUUUCUUUCCUUUUUCUAGUUUCCUGUCUGAAUAACAUUGUGACUGAUUUUAUAAUGCUUCUGCAAAACCGACAAAGCUGUACAAUUCUCUUUGAUGUGUCUAUUCUGUAUUUAUUUGAUUGUAAAUUCAACACUCGUUUUAUUCGUACUUAGUAUUACUUAAAUGGAAGAAUCACCACUGCAGCUUGUGAAUAUA